UGGGAACUGUUAGCUUGGUAGUUUGACGAAAGUAUGGGCUUUAUUGCCCUCGAAAUGACGGAUAGAACAGCUUUUUCUAAAAGUAUACGUGUUUAAACACUCCGUUGACUUGUUUAUAUGGUUAUUAAUGGCUUAGUACGUAAGUUACAUGGAGUUUAAAAUGAGGGAGAUCGUGGUCUCUUCGUCAGCGAUAUCUCCCCAGUUGUCCAGCCAAAGGACAAGAUGGCAGCUUAGCAAGCAGUCUGAGCAUGGUGUGGGCACAUAUUAACUCCCUAACAUGUUCAGAGAAGCCUUGGAUUCAUACCAUUUUUCCUGGCUGUGAAGGUAUGGCCUCACAGGUUUGGGUCUGCCCACCACAUGUUUAUCAACCGCAGACAAGUGCCUUUUGCAGUGUGAAGAAAGUUAAAGUCGAGCCCAGUGCCUGUGCCUCCCGUGAGAAGAUCCCACGCACCUAUGUGGUCGGUGUGAAUCUAGGCAUUGCACACCCUACCAAUAUUGUCCCCUCAUCAAAGACGGAAACAUUGGUGACUCGGAGGCCUCGUGGUGAGCGGGACCCUUCAGUAAAAGCGGCAUCUCUGAGAUCUGCACAUUACGAGCAGCCAGAGAACGCGUCAGAGCUCCAGGACAGAAUAGUCCCUCCGCUGGACAGUCGUGUUGAAACAUUUGGUGCUCGGGAGAAGAAGUCUGGAGUGACAGUGGUGGUUGAAGUCAGAGGAAACGGUGGACAGAGGAGCCAGAACAGUACAGAGGGAGGAGGAAGAGGUGGAGGAGGAGGAGGAGGAGAGACAGGGGGGGAAGAGGAGGAAAACGAGAAAGGAGAAAGUUUGAAUUCUGUUGACGGGCCCCAGCAAUGUGGGUUUAAACGCAAAGGUGAGGAUUCGGAGUCGAGCAAGGGCAACAUGCAGAUUGUAGAGGACCACUCCACACUUCCUGCCAUGUUGCAAGCGAACGUGGGAAACACGGCCACUGUAGCAGUGGUACCUUCGAAACAGAGCGGGGCAGGGACGGGAGCAGGAGCAGUGAACGGGACAGGGGAUGGAGACUAUCAGCUGGUGCAGCAUGAGGUGCUGUGCUCCAUGAACCACACCUAUGAGGUGUUGGAGUUCCUGGGGCGUGGCACGUUCGGACAGGUCGUGAAGUGCUGGAAGAGGGGCACCAGUGAGAUCGUGGCCAUUAAGAUCCUGAAGAACCACCCAUCGUAUGCCCGCCAGGGCCAGAUCGAGGUCGGCAUCCUGGCCCGUCUGAGCGGGGAAAACGCAGAGGAACACAACUUGGUGCGGGCCUUUGAGUGCUUUCAGCACCGUAACCACACCUGCCUUGUCUUCGAGAUGCUGGAGCAGAACCUGUACGACUUCCUCAAGCAGAACAAAUUCAGUCCCCUGCCGCUGAAGGUGAUCAGGCCGGUGCUGCAGCAGGUUGCCACGGCGCUUAAGAAGCUGAAGAGUUUGGGGCUGAUCCACGCCGAUCUCAAACCGGAGAACAUCAUGCUGGUGGAUCCCGUGAGACAGCCGUACCGCGUUAAAGUGAUUGACUUUGGCUCCGCCAGUCACGUCUCCAAAGCGGUGUGUUCCACUUACCUGCAGUCGCGCUAUUACAGGGCUCCAGAGAUCAUCCUGGGCUUGCCGUUCUGUGAGGCCAUAGACAUGUGGUCUCUGGGUUGUGUGAUCGCUGAACUCUUUUUGGGAUGGCCGUUGUACCCGGGGGCACUGGAGUAUGACCAGAUUCGCUACAUUUCUCAAACUCAAGGCUUACCUGGAGAGCAUCUGCUGAACAUGGGGACCAAAACACCUCGAUUCUUCUGCAGGGAAUCCGACUCGCCCUACACAGCAUGGAGGCUAAAGACGACCGAGGAGCACGAGGCCGAGACGGGCAUGAAAUCGAAGGAGGCCCGAAAGUACAUCUUCAGCUGCCUGGAUGACAUAGGACACGUGAAUCUGUUGAAUAUGGAAGGCUGCGACCAGCUGGCUGAGAAGGCAGACAGGAGAGAGUUUGUGGACUUGCUGAAGACCAUGCUCCUGAUCGACGCGGAGAAGAGGACGGGCCCCGCCGAGGCCCUGGCACACCCUUUUGUCACUAUGCAGCACCUCCUCGACUUUCCCCAUAGCAACCAUGUGCAGUCGUGUUUCCACAUUAUGGAUGUAUGUCAUUUGAGAUCCAACACGUAUGAUUCACUCAACCGCAACAAAGCCCCGGCGCUCAUGAGACCAGUCACCCUGCCCAACACGCUGUCAACUGUAGCUUUCAACAAGAUGGCCUCAGUCCAUUCUCAGGCUUUGCCUCCACCCACUGCGCCGUCAGUGGUUCACCCAGGCAUAACCAUCCAGACGGGCAGUGCCCAGUUUGGGUGUAACGAUUCGUUUCAGCAGACACUAAUUCUCUGCCCUCCAACCAUUCAAGGUAUCCCCUCCAAUCCAAGUCAGCCGGCAGGUUACUCUGUGAGGAUGGAGAACACACUUCCCCUGGUCACCCAAGCUCCUGCCAUCCAGCCUUUACCAAUGAGACCAGGUGUCAUAGCACAGCAACCGUGGUCCAACAGGACACCUCAGAUCUUGAUGCCAGCCUGGCAGCAGGUUCCUGCGGUGGCAGCCCCACCUGCCACCACCUUGGCAUCGGACACAGCGCCAGGACCACAGAGACUAGGAGAGUGGGGGAAAGUGCGAUCGCACAACAGCCAUUACAGUUCCAUGAUGUCACAACCUCUCUUGCCCAACCAAAUGGCCGUGUCGGCCCAUCAACCAAUGAACAUUGGCAUCGCACAUGUGGUGUGGCCACAGCCAGCUGCCAACAAGAGGAAUAAAGUCUGUCAGAACAGGAGUGUGAACGUGUCGCAUUACGCCGACACCCAGCCGUCAGCCGUGUGCCGCUCUCCAAAGAUGACAAACAGACUCAGAGGCUCACAGACAGAGCAGAGCUCUCACACGGAGGUGCCUGGGCUCGUAGGAGACAUGCGAUCUCAGGCAGAGAAGGAGGAAGAAGAGGUGGAGGAGGAGGUCAGCUGCUGCAGGGCGGAGCAGGCCUCUGAUGAGCGGCUGUCGGCGCCCGAACGUCAGCGGCGUGGGCCCGUUGUCAUCGGCGACUCACCGAGUCCCACAGUGAGCGUAAUCAGCAUCAGCAGUGACACGGACGAAGACGAGCAGGCCCAGAGGUGCUCCCCGAACGAGUGUAAAGGCAGUCCGGAGUGUGAGGCGUGUAAGGGCUCUCUGAACAUGGAGCGGGUGUGUUCCCUCAGCAGUCCUGACAGCAGUCUGAGUACCAGCUCCUCUGCCUCGGUGCAGUCCAGUCCCUCCCCCUGCAAGAGACCCAACAGCAUGUCUGAAGACGAUGGUCACGAGAGCGGCUGUGACACCGUGGACGGUUCCCCCACCUCUGAGUCCUCUCUAGGCCCCAGUGCCAGCCCCUCCCCAGAGAGCUGUUACCUGGGCAACCGGAACCGCAAGCCCCAUGGAACGAGCGGAGACAGUGAGAGCACGCUCAAUAAGCCCCCCAUGAAGACCAUGGUGGUACCGCCUCUGAGAGUCCUCAACAACAACAACCCCGUGCAGGAGCGGCCCGUUGUCAACACAGUCUUAGAGUCCUCGUGCCAGUCCAGAGGGCGCUGCGUCCCCGGACGGCUGAGCCACCACUCCACGCCCACUCUGCCUCGCCAGCAGAAGAUGACCUCCGCAUUCCAGCAGCAUCCGCUGGGCUUUGGCCAGGUCCAGCAUUACGGCUCGUGUCACAAGGAGUGGAACGGAAACUACGGGCCCCGCCGGCCACAGGCCUACAUCCCCCCCACGGUACAGCACGGAGCCGGCUUUACCACACUGCCCCACGGCAGCCCCACGCACACUGCCGGCCAUCCGCAGCCCGCCCUGCUCUCAUACCCACCCUCGGCGCCCGUGGCCCACCUGCUGGCGUCGCCGUGCCCACCGCGGGCCGUCCUGCAGCCCGCCUACAGCCUGCUGCACCAGGUCACCGUGGGCAUCAACCACCAUCACUCGUCGCACCGGCUGCUCCCCUCACCUACGCUGCACCCGCAGGGCCAGUUCAAAGCGCUGUUCCCCCCGCACUCCUACAUGGCCUCGCCCGCCUACGCCGGAUUCCCCCUCAGCCCCAGCAAACUCAACCAGUACCCCUACAUCUGAGCAGAGGGUCCCCCCACCACCUCUGCCACCACGAGCCCGCAGUCAGAGUCAUCGCCGAACGCCACACCCCCCUCCCCCACACUGCACACGCAAGCCAAGCCAUGACCGAGCUGCAGGAGAAGAGAGGAGCGGGGGGAGGCGGGGCCAGGGCGAGGGGUGGGGGUGGGUUGGACAUGAAAUAUUUUUUUAAACAAAAAAAAUCAUGUAGAUUUAAUGAGGAUGCAUUU